UGUUCGACACAGCUCAGAACCACAUGUAUGUAUUACAAUUUUAGGUUAUGUUUCAAUAAAUGUUUCUAUUCCCUUGCUCAAUCUUGUAUAAUACCAGAUAAUAUAUCUAAUUAUUAGAUUUAAUACUUUUCAUUUCCGUUUCAAUGGAAAAACAAGAAAUAGAAAAACCUCAACCUCUUUUUAAAGCUUUAGAUGCCGAUGAUCCGGAUCCAGAAACAACUGAAAUUGAGAGUUUAUGUCUAAAUUGUGGUGACAAUGGUAUUACGAGGCUACUGCUUACUAAAAUUCCAUUCUACAAAGAGGUGGUGCUCAUGUCAUUUGAAUGUGAGCACUGUGGGUUCAAAAAUAAUGAAAUUCAACAAGGAGGCCAGUUUGAAGAGAAGGGUGUUAGGAUAACGCUCCAUGUAAAUGAGCCACGUGAUUUGAAUAGGCAAGUUAUCAAGUCAGACUAUUCGUCCAUUAAGAUUCCAGAGAUUGAUUUCGAAAUACCAUCUCAAUCUCAAAAAGGAGAAGUGACAACAGUGGAAGGAAUUCUUGAACGAGUAUGCAUAGCUUUGACGCAGGACCAAGAUCAGAGGAGAGAAGAAAACCCAGAAAUAGCGGAAAAUAUUGAUAGAUUUGUUGAAAAAAUUGUUGGUUUGAAGUCUCUAGAUUCUCCUUUCAAGAUGAUUUUCGAGGACAUUAGUGGAAACCUAUUCGUGGAGAACCCAGACCAUCCGCACAAGGAUCACAACUGCGAGACGAGUCUGUUUGUGCGAAGCACUGAGCAAAACCAUCUGCUCGGCCUGUACACCCAGCAAGAAAUCGCGUCGGAUGACACCGCUCCUUCGCUUCCCUUGCCGGCUCCUUCUCAGGUCAAACUGGAGGAUUUCGAGUCGGAAGUUCUGCAGUUUCCCACCAAUUGUCCCGAGUGCGCGGCACCCUGUGACACCAAUAUGAAACUUACUAAAAUUCCUCAUUUCAAAGAGGUAGUGAUAAUGGCGACCAACUGCGAUGCGUGUGGCCACCGCACCAAUGAGGUGAAGGCUGGAGGCGGCAUAGAAGAGCUGGGGCUGCGACUCUCUGUCAAAGUCACCGACUCUGAUGACCUCAAGCGCGAUAUUCUAAAGUCAGAAACGUGCAGCCUGGAAGUGCCGGAACUAGACUUGGAGGUGGGGCCAGCGGCGCUGGGGGGCCGCUUCACGACUGUCGAAGGCCUGCUCUGCGCCAUUCGCGACCAGCUCGCCGAGAAGGGCGGCAUGUUCACCGACUCCGAGACCUUCUCCGCCAGAGGCAAAAUGGCCCAGUUCCUUGAGAGAAUCGAUGCCAUCGUCAAAGGCCAAACACAAGUUACACUAGUUCUUGACGAUCCGGCUGGUAAUAGCUACAUACAGAGUUUGAACGAUGACAACUCGUUGGAUGAUAGACUGACCGUUUCCAAGUAUGAAAGGACACACGAGCAGAAUGAUGACCUCGGUCUAAACGAUAUGAAAACUGAGAACUAUGAAGAAUCUUGAUCAAGUUUCAAAAUUGUUUUGUACUACUGCAUUCUGGGAAGUUAUUCUUCUUGAUCAUUGCGAUGACAGAAAUAAUCUAGAUAUCAUGAUGAUUGAAUUUUCUAGUGUACCAUAAUAAAAUAAAGUUCUAUCAGUAUGUAUAGAAGAUAGAA